CCCUCCCCUUCACUCUCCGCUCCUUCACUGUGAAGAUGGCGCUGUCCAGGGUGUGCUGGGCUCGGGCUGCUUUGUGGGGUUCGGCUGUCACCCCUGGACCUUUUGUCACCCGGAGGCUGCAACUUGCUCGCUCUGCCCUUGCUUGGGGAGCCCCUCGGUCUUCAAAGCUUCACCUUUCUCCAAAGGCCAAUAAGAAGAACUUGAUUUCUUACGUGGUGACCAAGUCAAAAGCGAUGAAUGAGAAAUACCAUCGUUUCUUGAGUCGUCAUUUUCCUAACUUCUAUGCCCUGUAUACAAUCUUCACGAAAGGAUUAAAGAUGUUAUGGUCUGAUGCCAAAGAGGCUAAAAGAAUAAAGCUAAAUAUGAGGAAACACAAUAUAAAAUAUCAUCAGCUUUCAUACCGGGAGAUGGAACAUUUGAGACAGUUUCGUCGGGACAUCACCAAGUUUCUUUUCCUAGGUAUCCUUUCCAUUCCACCCUUUACCAACUACCUGGUCUUCUUGCUAAUGUAUCUGUUUCCAAGGCAGCUGCUAGUCAAGCAUUUCUGGACCCCCAAACAACAAGUUGAUUUCUUAGAUGCCUAUGAUGCGAUCCGGAAGCAGUCCCACUCAGAAAUCCUUAGUUAUUUAGAAAGAGCCAUCCCUCUUCUUUCUGACACAGGGAUUCAGUGGCAUCUGAAAGACCUAUGCGCCAAGAUACAGAAUGGUACCCACCCAGCAGUCCAUGAUAUCCUGGCUCUCAGAGAGUGUUUCUGCAACCACCCUUUGGGCAUGAACCAGCUCCAGGCUAUGCAAAUCAAAGCCCUGAGCCGAGCCAUGCUUCUCACACCUUACCUGCCUCCUCCCUUGUUGAAGUAUCGCUUGAAGACACAUACCACGGUGAUCCAUCAGCUGGACAGCGCGCUGGCAAAGCUGGGGAUUGGCCAGCUGACCGCUCAAGAAGUAAAAUCGGCUUGUUAUCUUCGUGGACUGAAUUCUACACAUAUUGCUGAAGACAGGUGUCGAACUUGGCUAGGAGAAUGGUUGCAUAUUUCCUGCAGCCUGAAAGAGGCGGAGCUGUCCCUGCUGCUGCACAGCGUGGUCCUGCUUUCCACCAACUACCUUGGGACAAAGCGCUGAGUGAACCCUGGAGUGGAUGGCAUUGUCCUGCAGUCGCAUAGUACAGCAGUGUGGGACCAAAGAGCACUUGUCAGAAGAAUCCGUGUGCACUGUUAGGUGUGUGGGGUCAGAGGAGCAGGUGCCAGGGGCUUCACAGCACGCUAUCUACAUGGGAACUACAUUCCCCUCACAGCUCAAACUAAACCAAACCCUCUUUCCUGGGGUGGCGUCAUCCUGUCUCCCUCGUACUAACCUGGAGUUGGCAGAACCUCUGCACCAGGCUUUGUCUGUGAUGUGUGGUGUUUCAGUCCUCUGAAGUCAGGCUUUGCCUGAGGUGGAAAUCAUUUGUCCUGACUUGACUGCCUUUUCUUCCUGAUUGCCCAGGCUGGCUUCAAACUCCUGAGGUUCGAGGGAUCUUUCCGCCUCAGCCUUCUGAGUAACUGGGGCUACAGGUGUGCAACACCAUACCCGGCUUCACUGCCAUGGUUUUCAUAGCUGUUACCCCGCAUCCCCACCCCAGAAUUCUUAGCUGAUGAAAACAGCACUUAGACUGGAACAUAAAAAUCCUUGUCUCUUCCAUCCAGUUAUGACCAAAAGUAGGAUUUUUUUUUUCCCUUACUGGCAUGGGCUAACCACUCCCUUUCAAAUACCUUCACUUUUUUUUUUUUUUUUAAUAAGGACUAGCUUAAAAGGGAACAUUGUAAAGGAAAAGCUAGAAAGGAAGUGCUGACUGGCCCCCUCCCCAGUGUUUACAGCCUUCAAACCCUAUUGUCUUAAGUUUUCGGCUGUUGUACAGUCCCUAUGGAUCUUAAAAUUGUUCGCUACCUCCACUGUUGCAGAAACCCAACUAUAAUCGACAGUGGCUGUCUUCUUUGGGCCAUAGGUCAAAACUGUUGAAGGUACUAGUUACUACCCAGCUCUGGGAGACCAGGAGAGAUCGGCAUCAAGAUAGUAAGUUUUAUUUAGCUUUUGUGUGUACAUCCAUGACCUGUAGUUCUGUAAUAACUGACUGUAAACGCAUGAAGCACUGUUUGAACCCAAGUAAAGACUGCCUGAAACCUGC